UACUGACCAAGACAUCAGCGCUAGAGCACAGAGCAAGUUAAAGCCAUAACCAUGCUUGUUUUUCUGCUGAUCGCAUCAAUGUUUCGCCAAGGUCUUACAGUAGUGGGCUAUGGAGACAAAUUUAUCACUGCCUUUCCAGAGAACCUUGGUUUCUUCUAUCCAUCUGAUACCAUUAACCGUCUAAGAGUCACGGCCCUUCAUGACAACACUACAUUCAAAGUCGUCUACAAAACCACACAGAAAGUCUUACAAAUCCCAAAGUCAGGGCAGACCAUGAGUAUUCGGUUUCCAACGUCUGCUGAAGUAAAUGAACAAGGCCCCUCGAUUUUAUCUGUCAGAAUUAGCAGUGACAAAAACAUCACAGUGGUUUCUAUAAGUCACCGGGCAGACAGCACACAGUCCUAUGUCGUCCAGCCAACUGUAAAUCUUGGCACAAAUUAUUUGAUCCCUUUGCUGGAUUACCCAAAUUAUCUUCAAUCUUUCAACCUACCUUUGCUUGUCAGUACAACCUUAAGAUACAGCUCAUUCAAGUUACUCAUUAUCAAUGCGGUGGGCAGUCAAAACAGCGUCACUAUAGUCAAGCAAACAUCAACAUCAGGUGUUCGUGAAGAGACGUUCAGUAUCGACUCCUACGAGCUGGUCCAGCUUCAGACCAACGGUUCUAUUUUGAGGGUCAGAUCGAGCAAAGAAGUCGCUGUGAUAUUGACCCACCCGUGUGUAGAGACUGAGAGCUGUAAUUGUAACAUGGUAAUGAAUCAGAUUCUUCCCACAAAGUUUCAGGGUCAGAGCUUUAUCGUGCCUUCCAUCUUCAAUGUGUCUAAGACCAAGUUACUUAUGCUAUCAGGAAACACGUCCUCGCUAUUUCACAAUGGUAACCAGUUACAGGCUUCUCCCUCAACGCUUCUGCCAUUUUUAGACCUGCAGAAAUCCCAGCUGGUUAAUGCUACGGAGCGAGUGUCCCUCAGACUUUUCAGUCCAGGCCUCAUUGUGGAGCUGAUCCCAGAAAACAUGUUCUUUGCUUGCUACCUGCUGCAGUUUGCUGAUACAAAUGGCAAGGCUUUGGUGAUCGCUGAAACAGACAGCAAAGAUGAUGUGCGCAUACAUGGAGGUUUGCUCUCAGCGUCUGACUGGACAGCAAUCACUGGCACAAACUACUCUUCAACUGUUGUAACUAUACCAUAUAAAAUGACCACAAUCUGGCACCCAACAUCAAGGAUUGCCGUUUAUAUGCUGGAACAUAUGUCUGCAAAAGUAAUAUUUGGAGGCCCGGCUGUACCAAUCAAUAAAAAUCCAGAUCUUCGUGGUUGUGUGUUGGUUCCUGGAGCAUUUGCGAUUGGACGGGACCCUCUGACUUGGAAGAAGUCUCGCGAGUACUGCAUGAAUAACGGAAAUCAGUUUGCCUGUCCUGUAACUGAAUCUGUCCAUAAAGACAUGGCUGAUAACCUGACCAGGGAGGAUGGGGAUGGCUGGAUCGGUCUGCGCCGCAGUUUACUAACUACAGACUGGUACUGGCAGGAGGAGUAUGAUCCCCCGAUCUCUGUCAAUUAUGUUCACUGGGACAACAAGCAUCCACUGGACCUUUUGAAGGGCUUAUGCACUUCAGUGUCCCUUCAGCCUAGAAAUGAUUUAAAAUGGCGAAGUGCACGCUGCUGCUAUAAAAAGAAGCCUGUCUGCUACAAAAGGCCAGCAUAUCUUAAUCCAUCUCAAGAUUUCUUGGUAAUAAAUGUAGUUUAG